AUGGGGUGUGGCCCAUCAAUCCCCGAGAAGUACAGCAUACGAGGGAAGGGGCGCAAGCGCCGGAGCAUCAUACACGAGGUUGCUGUGUUCGUGCCCACCAUCCGCAUACCGGUGGCUUCUGACAUAGCUCAUCCGCUCAGGGGAAUAGUUUUCAAGGAUCUCGUCGAUCGCCUCUCCACACUCCGUGCUCAUGUCGUCGCGCUGGCUGAAGAAAUCUGUAUGUUCAUCACUGAUCUGUGGUUACUAUACUACUGCUCUGCUCACCAGCGGAACUUGGUUGUUGAGUGUUGUUUGGCGAGUGCAUGGUAUGAGGUGCUCUCAGUGGUCCACAUGAUGGCCAUGCUUGCAUUGUUUGAGGCUAAUCUAUUACUCAUUCCAAAGAACAGUCAAGUUGGUGGUGAAAGGAAGGUAUCAGAAGAUGCAAAGAAGGAUGUUGUCGAUUCAUUGCUCAGGGCUUCAGGAUGCUUAGACUAUUCCGUGCAUCGCAUACUUGCUCAAAUACCUGCACAAGUCAAAAAGAGUUUUCCUAGUUACUUGCAGGAGGGUAUGCUUGAGGCCAUCUCAAUUCAGGCAUUGGCUCAGUGUGUAGAAAUACAGCUUGGCUUGGCUUCUGAAUGUGAAAAGGCAACAUUGUCAGUAAAGAGGAGGCUAGCCUGUGAGCAAGUCAGUUAUUUUUCUCAGGCUCACUAUUGUCUGUCGGGAUGCGAUACAAGUGACUCGUAUGGAAAAAAGCUUCAGCUGUUCCUGAAGUGGAAAUGCAUGGAGGCUAAGGCUGUAGCAUAUUACUACCAUGGUCUCGUACUGGACAAGGGCGGUGAACCGGCCAACCAUAUCAGCGCAGUCUGCUGCCUCUCUGCUGCUGAUGACCUACUUUCAGACAGCAAAAGGGCUUGCUUGAGUUUCUGCCUGGCAAAUCCUGUCACAAGGGUACCUCCUCCUUGGGGUGUCAUGAAAAACAUGCACAAAAAAAUUCCAGAUGUAAACACAAGAAGUUUCAAGUGUAUGGGCAUCUGUUUGAGCAAAACAAGAAUAGGUAAAUCCCCAGAUCCCAGGACCAACUCUACAUCUGAAAUGGCAAAUUUUACAGUUGGAAGCACACUUCAAUCGGUUCCUGAUCUACCAGAGUUUGCGCUGUCACUGAGACCGGAAGAAUAUGAGUUGCCAAGCACUGAUUCAAUCUGGGAGAAUGUUAAUGGCCAACCUCAGAUUCAGAGCCUCAAGGAGCAUCUGAACGAUGGCGAAGAUGAAGUAGAUUUAAAAUGA